UUCUGUCCACACAAAGGCAAAUUCCUGUAAAUUAAAAUCCUCGUGCAAUUUAAGAAACGAAUAUUACCUACUUUAGGUGCGGAUUAAAGACGUUGUGAUUAAACACGUCACCCUGACACAGAAAUGGUACAGUCUGUAAUUCCGCGUUGAAAUCCUCAGAGCAGAUUUCUAAACAUUAGCUGCCUGCUAGAGGCUGACGUGUACUGCUCGGCCGUUGGCGUGUAUUUGAUAUAAAGCUAAACUUAAGCUGCAAUAUUGAGGCAUUUUUGUCAUAACAAUUCGCGCCGAGCUGCUGUCUACCUGUAACGAUGUCCACUCCGGCCCGUAGAAGGCUCAUGAGGGAUUUUAAAAGACUUCAAGAGGAUCCUCCUGCCGGUGUCAGCGGUGCCCCAUCAGAGAAUAAUAUCAUGGUGUGGAACGCGGUUAUAUUUGGACCAGAGGGCACACCUUUUGAAGAUGGUACGUUCAAGUUGACUGUGGAGUUCACUGAAGAAUACCCCAAUAAACCACCCACUGUUCGAUUCACUUCCAAGAUGUUUCAUCCUAAUGUUUAUGCAGAUGGAAGCAUAUGUCUCGAUAUUCUGCAAAAUCGCUGGAGUCCGACUUAUGAUGUUUCAUCAAUUCUCACCUCAAUUCAGUCUUUGCUUGAUGAACCCAAUCCCAACAGUCCAGCCAACAGUCAAGCAGCCCAGCUCUACCAGGAGAACAAACGCGAGUACGAGAAACGUGUAUCGGCCAUCGUCGAGCAGAGCUGGAGGGACAGUUGACCUGUGAACUCUGCCUGGUCUAGUUUAACUGAGUGAUGCAUCUUGUUCCCACCCACCUGUUCUGUACUCUUUAUUUCUAUCACUUGCUCCAUCCAGUAUAGAGCUCAAACGCACUUUAAUCUGCUUCCUCAGUUCACUACUUAUAUUCUUCUUUAGAGGACCUGCGCUGUCCUAUUGACCAUCUGGCCUCACUGUCCAAUAUGUAACCAAAUACACUGGCCUUUUGCCAUGGGAACCUGGAGUAAACAAUGUUCUAUUCAAGGCCUUUUUGUUAAGAUGUGGUGUCAAAUUCUAUGGACUGACAUGGUACUGGCCUGACGUUGUUGCAUUUGACCGUGCCUGUUUUGGAACUGACCCUUUAUUGUGUGCUGUUACAUGCCCGGAAGUGUGAUUUUAUAUUUCAUGGUGUAUUGUAAACCUGCCUCUCAUGUACCAUAUUGUAAGAAUACACUUUGAUGUUCAUGUGCA